CGCUGCAGGGCAACACCCCGGCGUCCCUGGAAGCUGGGAGCUCGGGUGGUGCUGGGGAAGCUGCGCAGAGCCGGGAGCUAGCGCCCAGGGCCUCCCGGGGUGGGGGACAGAUUCUGGGAUUGGCAGGAGAUGGAUGAGGACAGUUGGGUGAUCCUUCCCCACAACUCCGUGGCUCACAGUGAGGGUCAGGCCUGGUGGCAAGCACAUCUCAUCAGGUUUCAUCUCAUCUAUCGGCGUUCGAGCCCAAACCAGUCAUGGCCGGAAGACCCAUCCGCAUAGGAGACCAGCUGGUUCUGGAGGAAGAUUAUGAUGAGACCUACAUCCCCAGUGAGCAAGAAAUUCUUGAAUUUGCCAGGGAGAUUGGUAUUGAUCCCAUAGAAGAACCAGAGCUGAUGUGGCUGGCACGGGAGGGCAUUGUGGCCCCACUGCCUGUGGAGUGGAAACCAUGCCAGGACAUCACAGGUGAUAUUUACUAUUUCAACUUUGCCAAUGGGCAGUCCAUGUGGGACCAUCCCUGUGAUGAACACUAUCGGAACUUGGUGAUCCAAGAGCGGGGGAAACUGUCAACUCCUGGGGCCAAUAAGAAGAAAGAAAAGAAAAAGAAAAAGGAAAAGAAAGACAAGAAGGACAAAGAGACCUCCAAAAGUCCCCUGGCCCUGGGCUCCUCGUUAGCCCCCGUCCACAUCCCUCUCGGGGGUCUGGCCCCGUUAAGGGGCCUGGUGGACGCCCCGCCCUCUGCUCUGCGUGGAUCUCAAAGUGUGAGCCUGGGGAGCUCGGCGGAGUCUGGUCAGCAUGGAGAACUCUCACUGCCUUCACAGGGUCUCAAGACUUCUGCUUAUACAAAGGGUCUCCUGGGCUCCAUCCAUGAGGACAAGAAUGCUCUCAGCCUCUUGGCUUUAGGAGAGGAGACCAAUGAGGAGGAUGAGGUGGAGAGUGACAACCAGAGUGUCCGAAGCUCAAGUGAGCUUCUUAAGAACCUGCACCUGGACAUCAGGGCACUGGGGGGUGACUUCGAGUAUGAGGAAUCUCCAAGAACAAGCCAGCCAGAGGAGAAGAAGGACAUUUCUCUGGAUUCCGGUGCUGCCAGCCCCCCUACGCCUGGCAAGCUCUUCAGCCAAGGUGCAGAUAGCAGCCUGAGCAGUGCCGAUGGCCAAGGGCAACAGGGAAGAGGGGCAAGUUGGCUCCCAGAAAAAGAAAAGAACGAUAAGAAUGAUCCCGGGAUGUCCAGGAGUGUGGCGGACCCCGGGGGCGACUCCACGGGCGAUCAGCCUGCCAAAGCCAACAAAAAAGAGGCACCAGAGGACCCGGUGGAUGCAAGAGAGGAGGGUUCCCGGAAGGAAGAGGCAGCAAAGGAGCCAAAGAAGGAGGCUUCCGUCCCGAAAGAGAGCAGAUCAGAGGCGAGCGAAGGGUCGGAGAUCAGUGAACACAUGAAGGAACUACAGCCCUCAGACUCCACUGCUUCUGACCCCAAGUCCUUUCUUGGCCUGGACUUCGGUUUCCACAGCCGGAUCUCGGAGCACCUGCUGGAUGUGGACAUGCUCUCCUCUGUCCUGGAUGGAGCCCGCUGGGAGGCCCAGAGGUUGGGAAGAGAAGACAAGGAUGCCUGCCAGUCCAGCCAAGAUGAGCUGCAGAGCAAGAAGUCCGGAGGCUCGGAGAGGUUAUCUCCUCCUCUUCUGCAUGGGGAGCGGCUCCAGAGUCCCCUUCACAGCCAGACCACGGAUGAAGGGCCUCCGCAGCCCCUGGAGGAGCAGCCGGAACGGAAGGGGGCAGAGGAGCCUGGGGAGGGCUCUGCAGGCAGCCCCACGCCCCCUGGUCCCCUGCAGAGGGAGGAGAUCCCAAGCCCACCUGCCGCCCACGAGAGGGGCGAGGAGCAGUGCUCCCAGGCCGAGGGGCCGGGCCCUGGGCAGGACGAGGCCGAGGAGCCCGAGGAGAAGGUGGCGGUCAGCCCCACCCUGCCAGUCUCUCCAGAGGUAGAGAAGAGGGCAUGCCACGCCAGGUGGGGCCACGUGGGGAAGGACCAGAGUUGGUCAGGAGGCCAAAGAAGCGAGAAGGAAGAGCGUGACCCAGAGCCUUUAUUGGGGUUUUCGUGGGAAGCAAUGGGCGAGACAGGGCGAUCUACAGAGCCCACGGCUCCCCCAGAGCAGCUCUCAGAGGCUGCACUGAAGGCCACGGAAGAGGCGGUGGCCCAAGAACUCGAGCAAGAGCAGGGCUGGCUCCUGGAGUCCAAGCGAGAGAAGAUGCAGCGGCUGCAGGAGAAGCUGUGGCAGGAGGAGGAGGCGGAGACCCUGCAGCUUCACCAGCAGAAACAGAAGGCACUCAGCCAGAGUGCAUCCCAGAGAACGGAUCUUCCCACAGCAUCCUCCUCUUCCAGCCAACUGAAACUUGGGGCGGGGGCCCACCCAAACAGUUCCCUGAAGGAGCAGCUGCAGAGAGCCACCGAGGAAGAGGAGAGCCUGGUGAGAGAGCAGGAAGGCCAGAGGCUGUCCCGCCUCUGCGCCCAGGUGCAGUGCAGUGUGGAAGUGGAUGAGGACCAGAUCAGGGCCGAGCACGAGGCUUCCCUGCAGAGGCUGCGAGAAGAGCUGGAGUCUCUACAGAAGGCUGAGAGGGCCAGCUUGGAAGAGAGAAGCAGGCAGACGCUGGAGCGUCUCAGGGAAGACAUGGAGGCUUCGGAGAAGAGAGAGCAGGCCGCCCUGAACACGGAGAAGGAGAGGGCCUUGCAGCAGCUGAGGGAGCAGCUGGAAGGGGAGAGGAAAGACGCGGUGGCAGCGCUGGAGAGGGAGCACAGAGAGGAGCUGGAGCGGCUCUCUUCCUCGCUGGAGGCCAAGCACAGGGAGGUGGUCUCCAGCCUCCAGAAGAAGAUGGAGGAAGCACAACAGAAAGAGGAGGCCCAGCUGCAGGAGAGCCUUGGGCGGGCGGGGCAGAGAGCUCAUCAGAAAGUGUACCAGGCUCUCGAGUAUGAGCAAGAGCUCAGUGGCCUCCUGAGAGAGAAGCGCCAGGAGGUGGAGAGGGAACACGAGAGGAAGAUGGACAAGAUGAAGGCGGAGCAUCAGCAGCUGGUGGCUGAGGCCCGGGAGCAGUACGCCGCCGAGGAGAGGAAGCAGCGGGCCGAACUCCUGGGGCACCUGACGGGAGAGCUGGAGCGCCUGCGCAGGGCCCACGAGCGGGAGUUGGAGACGGUGAGGCAGGAGCAGGCCCGGCAGCUCGAGGACCAGCAGCGGUGGCUCCGGGAGCAGGAAAGGAAACUCCAAGAUUUAGAGGUGGAGCUUGAAACCAGAACCAAGGAUGUCAAGGCCAGAUUGGCUCAGCUGGAUGUCCAGGAGGAGGCUGCCCGGAAGGAGAAGCAGCAGCUCCUCGAUGUGCAGAGGCAGUUUGCGCUGGAGAGCGAGGAAGCCACAGCCACCCAUCAGCACCUGGAGGAGGCAAAGAAGGAGCACAGCCACCUGUUGGAGUCAAACCGGCAGCUCCGAAGAAUUCUCGAGGAGCUCCAGGCCCGCAAGUUGGAGCUGGAGUCCCAGGUGGAUUUGCUGCAGACCCAGAGUCAGAGGCUGCAGAAGCAUGUCAGGUGUGACCUGGAGGCCAAAGCUCAGAGGAAGCAGGACUUGUUGAAAGAGCUGGCGGUAGAGGAGAGUAAUGCUUCCCCACGUUUUGAGCCCGAUCUCCACAUUGAGGACCUGAGGAAAUCCCUUGGGACGAACCAGACUAAAGAGGUAUCCUUUUCCCUCUCCCAGAGCAAGGAGGAGACCGACUUGUCCUUGGACAGCGCCCGGCACUACCUCUCUGCCGAAGGGGUAGCUCUCCGCAGCGCCAAGGAGUUCCUGGUCCGGCAGACGCGCUCCAUGCGGAGGCGGCAGACGGCUCUGAAGGCUGCCCAGCAGCACUGGCGCCACGAGCUGGCCAGCGCUCAGGAGGCGGCCAAAGACCCGCCAGGCACCAAGGCCCUGGAGGACAUGUGCAAGGACCUGGAGGAGGAGACCAGGCACCUGGAUGAGAUGAAGUCAGCCAUGCGGAAAGGCCACGACCUGCUGAAGAAAAAGGAGGAGAAGCUGCAUCAGCUGGAGUCUUCUCUCUGGGACGAGGCUUCAGAUGAAGACACUCUGAGAGGACCCCCCACCAAGAAGGUGGUGACCUUUGACCUCAGCGACCUGGAAGACGGGAGCAGUGACAGUUCCGAAUCCUGCCCCCUGCCUCACAUCGGCCCGACCCCGAGGCCCACUUUCCCCAACAAGAUCCACUACCUGAGCAGCUCCCUGCAGCGGAUCAGCAGCCAGCUCAACGGUGUCCUCAGCGUGCUGGGCAGCCUCGACACCCAGCCUCCGCCGCUUUUCACCUCCACGCCCGCACCGCUCCCCACCCAGGCCUCCAGGAGCACCCCCGCUCCCUCCUACCCCUCCCUGGCCCGGGUCUCAGCGUCAUCCCCCGCUCCACCCACGUCCACCCAGUGGGCCUGGGACCCAGAGCUGGGCCCCCGGCUCUCCUCCUCCGUGGCUCAGACCGUGGACGACUUCCUGGUGGAGAAGUGGCGCAAGUAUUUUCCAACUGGCAUCCCGUUCCUCAGCAGUGGCCCUGCCCCCCUGGAAAACAGGCUCGGGUAUGUGUCUGCCAGUGAGCAGCUCCGCCUCCUGCAGCGUCCCCCCUCCCAAGUCCCCGAGGUGGGCAGCGCCAACUUCCAGGACAUGAUCGAGGCUCACCGCAAGUGGCUGGAACAUUACAAGAAUGACCCCAAGUCACAUCUCUUCUCCUCGAUGCCCAAGCCAACGGCUGGUUCCGGCCUCCUGCAGCUGGGCCUGGAUGAGAACAACAGACUGAAGGUGUAUCGCUACUGAGGCCCUGAGCCCUGAGCCGGGGGGCGGGGGGUGCAGCCUGGCCUCUCCUGCGUCCAGACCAAGUGCCCGAGUUGCUGCCUGCACUUUACUCCCUCUGAUAAAGCGUUCUCCCGUCCCCUCUUUGCUGCUUGCCUCACUCAGAACCUAGAGGAACCAUGGGGAACCGGCGGCGUUGGGGGCAGUGGGGGAAAGGAUGGUAUGACUAGAAACAGUAAGCCGCCGCCCGAGACCGUGUAACACAUCUCGGGCUGCCCUGUGUGACUCCUGCGGACUGGCAACACUGACGUGGGGCAGCGGGGACAGGGGCACCUUCAGGAGAAGGUGGCACUGGAGCAGCUGCCUCCUUCAGAGGACAGGGGACUCCUUUGGAGCGGAGUUGGUCUCUCGGACCUGCAGGGCCUGCUUGGAGCUCCCAGGGUCACGUGUGUGGUCCUUAAUUCGCCAGAACAAAGCCCCCCUGGAGUGUCUGUACCCUGGGACCAGGCCCCAUCUCUCUAAUACCUCAGCCGUGUAGAGAUCACACUUUUUUAAAAAAAAUGUCCCCUUUCUUGAAUGUUCUCUCUCUUUUGACUCUCUCAGUAUUGGGCCCAGAGCUCUGCGGGAGGUGGCUGGAGGCUGGCCCCAGAAGUUUUGCUGCCUGUCUUCCCUCUGCUGGCCCUGGGGCUGUCCUCGAGCACUCCCUUCCCCUUCCCCAGAGCAUCCCAGCUAGAUUCUCAGGGCUCAAGUACCCAACUAUCAGGAAGCCAACAAGCCAUAGGAAAAGUCUGGGAUGGCUCUGGUCCUCACCUUGGCUUUCUCUUCCCGGACCACCUUGGGUAUACACAAGGGUUGUUUCCAUCUGUCUUUUCCAGCUGUGCCACCGCCCACCCCAUCCCCCUGCCGCCCCUCCUCAGAGCUUGGAGACUUGUUCUGAAGGAGGUGAGGGGCCUGGCCUUGGCAGGGAGGGAUCAAGUGCCAGUGGGAGCUGCUGCCAUUUUGGCACAGCAUCCUGCAGCUCCACCUCCCAUCGGUGGGCUCCUCGGGGGGACAUGCAGGGGAUGUUCAACAUCUGCCCCAUUGUUUAAAUAAAAUGCCCUCAUUUUUCUUGUCUUGAAAGCUGUGGGGUUGCCCUUGCAUCUCCAAUGCAUAGAAACCAACUCUCCACCAUCCCACCCUCGUUUCUCUGUCAUGGGAUAAGAAACUAAGAUCCAGUUGGCUUGUUUACCCCCAGACACUUUUUCGGCAUCAGCCUACGACAUAAAACAUCCCUUUUGUUAUUUGGUUCAUUCUGUGUGCUUUGGGAAUAGCUCAUACGUUACAACCAACUCUGGUGACAAUCCUGUGUUUUUUACCUCAAUUAAAUCUCUGCAGGUCCAGUUGCAACAAGGCA